GAUUUGUCGACUUAAAUGGCCAAAAAGAAAGACCGUGACUUUCAAAAAGUGCGUAUCAAAGUUGGGCGGAAACUCAAGCGCCAAAACGAGACCGUGGUCGACUUGAGCACGCGGAAAAUCAAGUUACCUCGUGAACGUGAACGAGAUGAGACAGUGUCAGAGAAGCCCGGUUUUCGUGUCAUUGACGAGGCCAUCGAAUCGUUGAUCUUGGAGAAACCAUCAGUUCAACUUCAAGCCCUCCAAACGCUGAACGGAAUCUUCGAUCCCUUUGUAAAACAAAUGGGUACAAUGGGAUUUUCCGAUUGUUCCCCACUGACCGUACAAUCACGCUCGCUGUCUCAGCUUGUUGCUCUGUACCGCACUCUUUUUCAGUUUGAUCAAUCCCAACCCACUCAGUUCGGGCUACAGUUGGGCUCGCUAUCAAACACUUUAUUUCGUUUGUGUCGAGGUGCUCAAGAUCCACAGUUGUGUGGGGCGCUGUACAGCUUGUUUGUCAAGUUGUUGCGGAUAUGUUCGCUGCAUCCGAAAUUCUUGGAUCUACUGCGUACUGUGGACCGAUGUGCAGUAGCCGCACUGCAACGUGUAGAAUCUCCUUGGUUAUGGUUCGGCUGUCGUUUAGCUGGCCUUGUCCUGCAAGCCCACUCACAGUUCAUCACCACGGCAACAUUAUUGGGUCGUUCUCAUCAAUCCGUUGAUCCUGUGGAACAGCUAGUUCGUUCGAGUAUCUACUCUCGCGCGCUCGUCCAUCUUUACCGGGAACUUAAGGAGGAGCAAGCCGUACGAGAUGUUUCCAUGCACCGUAUUCGCCUACUGGAAGCAACUUUGGCUCAUUUCCUCAAUGACCAGUACUCUAUGAACGCAGCCUUUGGUGGAGGAUCCCAUCCACUGUGUUAUCGACCACCAUCUCAACCUGGCAUUCAGUCGUCAACAGCUAAACCUUACUUGACUGUGAUUGGCCAUUCACUUUGUCAACUCCAACAGCAGGCCAUAUGCGUCAACCGAAUUGCUGAUCUCUCCUUGCUAGACAUGGAAUCAAGGAACUUGCUGAUGAUUCAUCGAACCGCCCAGUCCGCUGAUGCCCUACCACCUACCCUUUCAAAGAAAUCUGCUCGUAAGAGGAGUCGUGGACAAACGCUAGUCAACACGCGUCCGACAGAUCCUGGUCUCAUACAGUUGGCAAACGAGCGAGCGCUGGUAUUUGGAAUGCUGGAAGAAGGUCACAGUCUUUUGAGUGAGUUGUCCCUCGAUUCGCCUGAUACAUCCGCACUCAACGGCAUCUAUGCCGUCGUUCGUUGUUUGCGCGUCCUCUUGGAAGCAAAACCCCAACUUCUCUUCGCCAUCACUGAUCGUCCUGCAAAGCCUGACAUUACAAACGUAUUUGUACGUUUUGUGAACCGGUUGACUUUGGUAUUUCCUAUCCAGCCUUCCGAUUCCCGCAUUCAGAAGACCGUGGAUGGCGUCAGCUCAACUCUGGUCGGUUCGCAGCGCCAGCUCCACCCAGGUCUUUCGCGUCAGGAAAUGCGCCUUAUUCGGAAAAGAAAUCUCAAGCUAAAAAAUCGGGAGCGAAAUCGCACGGUGGAUCAAUCAAAGGUUCAGGUUCCCGCUCCAAGCGCCGUUCAAGCGUCUGUUCCCAUUUCGAAAGUACCACCAAUUGUUCUGCGUGUGAAUCAGGCAGUUUUUGAACUUUUUCCUUGGUUGGAAUGGGCUGCCCAUAGCAACCCACAGGUGUCGGGACUGUGGUCACCACCGGACGACAUGUUGAAUCGCUUUAUGGAGUUUUUACUGACCGAAGUAUUUGUCGAAGAUAGCUGUGGUGUCGGAGACGGUGGCCCGUCACUUGGGAACCUAUUGGCGUGGCUACGAUCUUUCGACUUUUACCUCUUGGCGCCAGUUCGGUAUCCGCAGCGAUUUUGCAAGACUCCUUCAUCCGCGCGUCUAUUUUCGCCCGUGAUUCUACUGUGUCUUGGUCGAGUCCUUCAUCGGGGUCUCACUACGAAACAAGCAGAUCCUGGACGGCCGGUCGCUCGAGGACAACAUCGACUACUCGGCCGCGCUGCUGGACUGCUCGUGGCCUUCCUCACUCACGAAUCGCGGCAAACCAUUUGCAUCAGUAAGACAGACAAGAAUCUCGAAACAAAUCUGAUUGACAGUGUCAAAGAAGAUGAUGACGCUGAGAAAAACUGGGUUGCGCCACAGUUUGACUACGACGAAUCUUGGCUAAGACAAAAAUUAACGGACCUGGGAUAUACGCCCGAAGAAGAUGAAACAUCUCACGCUCCACUCAAUAUCGUCUCGCAGAUUGGUCAAUUCCUUUGCACAAUGCUCCUCAACGAACCACCGCGCCUACUUUUCGCCUCUCCCAUUUCGAUCCAGUCUGCGCAGUGGAUCAAUGAACACAUGGAACAAACUAACCUCCCCUCUUCUGAGAUGGCAUCCCGAGCGAAACGUCUAAUACCUGUCCAAUUGGUAGACGACACUUGGGCUGGUUGCGUACUUCGUUUGAAAUCGUUGGGGUACAAACCAGUGAUCGAGGCUCUGACAUCCAACCCAGACUUGGAAAUGCGUUUAGCCACAUCCAGACGUCUACAAGACCAAUUGAUCCCACUGGAGACACUGGCGACGGAACUUCACCUGGCUGUGUCCGAAGACGCGACUUCUGGUGAUCAGCUGGGAUGGUUAGUACCUGGUUACCUACCCGAUACUUCAGGACGCUAUGCAGCUCCGAUAUUUUGGCAGACGACCAAAGAAUAUCGUCACUCAUAUUCGUGGUGGACGGCGCACUUGUGUAAAUAA